GGGUGGGGGGGGGGGGGAAGCGGAGGUUCAUGCCGCCGGGGGUUGUCGUCGUCCCCCUCCUGCCUGCGGAGGGAAAGAGAGCGGUCUCGCCUCGGAGCUCGCCUGCCCGUAGAGGUGGAUCUUUUCGGAACUUCAGACGAGAUCCGGAGGGUGCGAAACGGGCCUGGGGCAGGCUGGGAGCGCGGUGGCUCGGCCUCUGGAGGGUCGCCCUGUGGCGCAGCCGCUUCGGUGGGUGGCGGGUGGCUUUUCUGGGAGGGCCAUGGGGAGAAAGAAACCUCUCGUCAGCCCCUGAGCAUAAGGAGGCAGGGGUGGCUGGUGCUCUGUUUUCCCUGAAAAGCGUGGAGUCACGUUUAGAGCCUCAGACGGCCUUGGCUCCCCCGCUGCCAUCGGGGCUGGUCAGCGGCUGGCAGGGGUCGGCCUAGGGAAUGAGCCGGGGGAAAAGGAGCGUUACCCUCCUGCCCAGGUGAGGAAAUGCACCUGGGCCACCUUACUAGGGACACUCACCUGGGGAAAAAAUAAUAAAAAAAAAAUAUUGAAGAAAAUCAGAUACGUGAAACGAAACUGUUCCAGGGGUCUGACGAAUUACAGCUGUGUCGGUGAGGUAAUAUAAGAUUUCGUUUAUAAAAGAGAGAGGAAGCAGGCAUGUCAGCUCUUUGUCCACCACCGUCUCCUGCAGUUGCUAAAACAGAGAUCUCUUUGAAUGGCGAGUCACCUUUAUUAGCUGCCACUUUUGCUUACUGGGACAAUAUUCUUGGGCCCCGAGUGCGGCAUAUCUGGGCCCCAAAGACAGAGCAGGUACUUCUCAGUGAUGGUGAAAUAACUUUUCUUGCUAACCACACCCUGAAUGGAGAAAUACUUCGGAGUGCAGAAAGCGGUGCAAUAGAUGUGAAGUUCUUCGUCUUGGCAGAAAAGAGGGUAAUAAUUGUGUCAUUAAUCUUUGAUGGAAAUUGGAAUGGAGACAGAAGCACAUACGGACUAUCAAUUAUACUUCCACAAAGUGAACUUGGCUUCUACCUGCCACUACACAGAGUGUGCGUGGAUAGGUUAACACAUAUUAUAAGGAAAGGAAGAAUAUGGAUGCAUAAGGAGAGGCAAGAACAUUUCCAGAAGAUUGUCUUGGAAGGCUCGGAGAGAAUGGAGGAUCAGGGCCAGAGCAUCAUUCCAAUGCUGACAGGAGAAGUCAUUCCUGUAAUGGAACUCCUUUCAUCUAUGAAAUCACACAGUGUUCCAGAAGAAAUAGAUAUAAGUGACACAGUGCUAAAUGAUGAUGACAUUGGGGAUAGUUGCCACGAAGGCUUUCUUCUCAAUGCAAUUAGUUCACACCUACAGACCUGUGGGUGUUCUGUAGUUGUAGGAAGCAGCGCAGAAAAAGUUAAUAAGAUUGUGAGAACAUUGUGUCUGUUUCUUACACCAUCAGAGCGGAAGUGUUCCAGACUCUGUAGAAAUGAGUCAUCUUUCAAAUACGAGUCAGGACUUUUUGUCCAAGGCUUACUCAAAGAUGCAACAGGAAGCUUUGUGUUGCCCUUCCGUCAAGUAAUGUAUGCCCCAUAUCCUACUACACAUAUAGAUGUAGAUGUCAAUACAGUGAAGCAGAUGCCCCCUUGUCAUGAGCACAUCUAUAACCAACGACGAUAUAUGAGAUCUGAGCUGACAGCAUUUUGGAGAGCUAAUUCAGAUGAAGAAAUGUCUCAAGAUCAUAUUAUCCACACAGAUGAGAGUUUCACACCCGAUUUAAAUGUCUUUCAAGAUAUCGUGCAUCGAGAUACGUUAGUAAAAGCCUUCCUGGAUCAGAUCUUUCAUCUGAAGCCUGGCUUGUCUCUAAGGAGUACUUUCCUUGCACAGUUUCUGCUAGUCCUUCACAGAAAAGCCUUAACUUUAAUAAAAUACAUAGAGGAUGACACGCAAAAAGGAAAAAAAACCUUUUAAGUCUCUUCGUAGUUUAAAAGUAGAUCUUGACUUAACAGCAGAGGGCGAUCUUAACAUUAUAAUGGCUUUGGCUGAGAAGAUUAAACCAGGUCUACAUUCCUUUAUC